AGGGCGCCAUCUUGGCCCCGCAGAGCGUGACUGUCUCGGCUGGAAGCGUGGGAGGCUGGAGGAUCCGUGACUGGCUGUCGUGGACAUGCUCGCUACACCUCCCGGGGGUUCGCUUCGUUUACUAUUAACUGUCGUUACUCCUCUGUAUCUCGUCAGCAGGGGCUGCCUGCGGUGUUAGAAUUACACGUCCCUGCCACCUGGUCAGGGAGCCCAGUCUCCCGGCCCCUCAGUCAGUCCUUGGACGUAGCUGGAGCAUUUAAGAAAAAUGAAAUAUAGUAACUCAGUGCAUGGUUUCCUGGGCCUUUUUAUUGAGUAUCAUUUCUAACAUGUACACAAUAUAACCCAGGCCUAGUGGAUUCCGGGACAGAAAAUGUUGGAAGCUGGGAUAGUCAAGUAAACAAGAAGAAAUGGUAAAGAGAUGCCAAGUGGGAGAGGAAACUGUACGGAUGCAGAGAGAGGAUCUGGGGUAAAGAGGAAAAAGAUGCGUGGUCGACUUUAUGGAAACUCCUUUCUUUUUACUAAGGUUAGCCAAGUGAAGCAGUGGGAGUGGAGAAGGAACAAAGAAAUCUGUAAAGUAGUCUCCUCCUCCCUCCUGCUCCCCAUCACACACCCUCACGUGCCCCCAUGUGGCCUCUUACUAAACAGGGAAAGAAGAGAAGAGCUGGAGAAAUGGAAGCAUUUUGUAUUGGCAUACUGAAGACUAUAUUUCUCAGCUGCCUUUGCAGGUGGGCAGGGUCAUGUGACUAUUAUGACUAAUAAAAUGUGAGCAAAAGUGACGAGUCACUUGUGGGCUGAGGCAGUGAAAAGUUGUUUGUGAUUCUCAAAUCUCUUCUGUUCUGCCAUUGCAAUUGUGGAAGGAGCUUUAUGUUAAAAUGGAAGAGCCAAAAGAUUGAAGUAGUCUGUCUCAGUCACCAUAUGGGAGGGCAAAUGCCCUGGAGAACCACCCAGACACACAACAAGUUUGUAUGAAUAAGAAAUAAAACUUUGUUGUAUAAGUAA